UCGCGGCAGCGGGAGCCGGCAGCAGACAGAGGACCGAAGAGAGAGAGAAACACCGGGAGCUUCGCGUACAGCUGGCCCAGCAGCGGUGCCUCUCUCUCGGAUGAACGAGCACCGUAACACCCCGCCGCCCUCGGCUCUUUGGCUUGGGCACCCGGAGGUCAGGCGCAUGUGCCAAACGCUUUUACGCGCAACUUAAAGACUCUUUUUGAAUAUAAUUGUGUUCUCACCAUGGGGCUGGGAAAAGUGAGGGUCUUGGCUAUAUUAUUCGACAGCCUGAAUGAUAACAACCUGCCGGCCUUCUCUGGGGGGGAUCUGGUGUCUGGGAGGGUGGUGGUGGAGGUGACCGGGGAUGUGCGUGUGAAAAGUCUGGAUGUAACCGCACGAGGGGUCGCAAAAGUCCGGUGGACCGAGUCUAGAAACACCGGGGCCAACACGGCUUACACCCAGAACUACACCGAGGAGGUGGAGUACCUUCACCACUACGACACCCUGAUAGGAGAGGAGAGAGACGAGGACUGUCCGGAGGAGGGUCUGACUGUUUUACACGCCGGUUUACACGAGUUCGCCUUCAGCUUCAACCUGCCUCAGAUGGCUCUGGCCACGUCCUUCGAGGGGAAGCACGGCAGCGUGCGGUACUGGGUGAAGGCCGAGCUGCACCGGCCCUGGCUGCUACCGGUCAAAGUGAAGAAAGAGUUCAUCGUGUUCGAACACAUCGACAUCAACACGCCGCUGCUGCUGUCUCCUCAGGCCGGGUCCAAGGAGAAGACGCUCUGCUGCUGGUUCUGUGCUUCAGGUCCCAUCUCCCUCAGUGCCAAGAUCGAGAGGAAGGGCUACACUCCAGGCGAGUCCAUCCAGAUCUUCUGCGAGGUGGAGAACAGCUCGUCCCGGGUGGUGGUGCCCAAGGCGGCGCUCUACCAGACGCAGACCUUCUUCGCCAAGGGGAAGGGGAAGCAGAUCCAGCAGCUGGUGUCCAACCUGAGGGGCGAGACCCUGCCGCAGGGCAAGAGCCAGAGCUGGGAGGGCAGGCAGCUGAAGAUCCCCCCCGUGUCCCCCUCCAUCUUGGACUGCCCCAUCAUCCGCGUGGAGUACGUCCUCGUGGUGUACGUGGACGUCCCCGGCGGUCUGAACCUCUCCCUCUCUCUCCCUCUGGUGAUCGGCACCAUCCCGCUACACGACUCCACCUCCAGGAGCUCCAGCAUCAGCAGCUGCUGCAGCUGGGGCCAGACAGAGACCCCCGAGGCCCCUCCCAGUUACAGUGAGCUGGCGAUAUCAGAGUCUCACAGGAGGAACUGUCUGGUCGGCUGUGAUAGGUCGGUGGGGGGGGGGGGAUCUCUGCUCACUUACAUCACUGAGUUCAGAUAUCUGCCCCCCCCACUCUACUCUGAGGUGGAUCCGUACCCAGACCCCGUGGAGGUCAGGAGGCCCGAAACGUGUCCGUCCCGCUGACGUUAGCUCGAUGCUAACGGGAGCUCCACGCUAACGGGAUCAUCUGCACGUCACCCUGCAGCUGCACCGCCCCCAGAUUAAAUAUCAUGUGAAAAGGCCAGAGCGAGGCAGCAGACAUUGAGUAUUCGGUGACGUAUGGACCAGGGAUUUUUGUUUUUUUGGAGCUUUAAAAAAUAAAAAUAAAAUAAAAAAUAAAUAAGUUCUCUGACACCACUGUAGGCUCCGACGAGGAAACACUAAGAUCUCAGGGAGCGUUACAGUGAACUUUGCACAAUCCGUUAUUACUGUUUUUCUAUCGGGAAUGGGAAGGUGCAUUCUGCGGCGGCCAUCUUAGGAGGUUAGCAUUAAUAUCCAUCAGCUUUUACUUAAAAUCUGUCAGCUGUUGUACGUACCAAAUGCAUAAAGUACGUUACAGAAAUAGCUUUUCACGGAGGAGCCUUGUUUAAUUAAAUCGACGAGUCUUUACUUAUGACUUAAGAAAAGAACGGACCAAUCACUGUUACUGAUUUUUGCGCCAACCUGGUGUUUAGAGCUAGCGUUAGGGUACAUUUUCUGCUAUUUUAACAAUGUAAAAUCCUUUGGAGGCAAAUGUCUAACUUACAGUACAGGACGUUCAGAUCCACAGGCCCAAUAGCAACUAUACAUUCAUCAGGAUAGAAGUAAGUUAGCUAAUGUAAUGCUAAUGUAAUGCUAACGGAAUGCUAACGAAACGUCGGCUAGUCAUGCUAAUGCUGUGUCUCAAUUUGCAUACUUCUGAACUUACAUUUGCUUUUUUUUUUACGAGUUUACGAGUGCCUAAGUGCGUCCCAAUGCAAGGUAUGGCAAACUGACACUAUGCGUACCGGGUGGGGCACUUAUAACGGUCAAAACCAGUUGAGUUUUUUUGGACACUUUUCACACUCAGCGACCGCUAUUAAAAUGUUACUCCAUGAAGCUUCAUUUGUUUUGUUUGUUGGAUUCGCUGUUACAGCCAAUGACAACAUAGUGCCUACAGACAUGGUUUAUACAGUUACCCCUAUCCUCCAAAGAUGGCCGACGUCACAUUCCCAUUCCCUCUCGGUGGUUUUCAUAUUCUGCAGAUUGCCUACAUGCUGCAGCAGAUUCUGUCCAAAUAAUAUGGUCACGCCUCGAUGUAAACGGCACAUUAGAGGCGGGACAAAAAGCUAGACGUGGUUCUGGUUCUGGUUCUGGACUUCAGGUGGACUCAUGACUUCCUGUGAACAAAUAGCAGAAAAAAGAGACGUGAAAAACAAGACAGAAUGACCACCGCAAGCACUUAAAAACGAGCUUAAAGAGUGUGUGAGUGUGUGUAUGAGAGGGUGUGUGUGUGUAUGUGUAUGUGUGUGUGUGUGUACGUGUAUGUGUGUGUGUGUGUCUGUGUGUGUGUGUGUAUGUUUGUGUGUGUGUGUGUGUGUGUGUGUGUGUGUGUGUGUGUGUGUGUGUAAACCCAGACAGGGUCUAGAGACAAAGCACAACUCAGACCAACAACAAAUCGUACCACAAGUCGCCUGUCGGUUUCUGCUCUGAAGCUUCUCUUGCUGUAUUUUAAUUUAAUUUUUUCCAAACAUGGAUGUAAAGAUGGAGCUUCGAGCUCGCAAAAAAAACAAAACGAUAAAAAUGUUUACAGAUGAAUAUAUCAAAUGUUGUUCAGACAUAACUUCUUCCACCUAAAAACUUCAAAGUGCAAUAUAUUUUUGUAUGUGUGAUUUGUUUGCACUAGUUUUUCAUAUAAUCUGUUGCUGUUUAUUCCAUUUCUGUGCAUUACAUAUUAUUGUCAUGAUCUUAUUGCUGUCAUGAUCAACUUUUGAUAAAAUAAAAAGGUUUAUUUUAUAAAAUAAA